AUGCCGAUUGUGCAUACGCGAGUCGACGGCAACCCGACGCUGCGCCCGAAAAGCCACGACGACAUCUGCAGUGCUUUCCUACUGCCGCCCCUCCUGCUACACUGCCGGACUACGAUCUUUAACGUCUACCGCAUCGACACGGUGGGCCAGACGUUCGACGCCGACGUGUACUUUGAGCUGCGCCUGCGCGCCAUUGCGACGCCAGCCGUCGACGAAGCGUGGGUCACCGAGGUCGCGUCUGCCAUUGGUCUCUCGGAAAAGACCAUCGACUGCCUCAACGUCGUCUCGCAAGACGGGAGUCGCGAGAUGUGGUGUAGCUACAGUAUCCGGUCGAUGAUUCCAGGGCACGCCGACUAUUGCUUUAAACUCCGACUGCGCGGGUCGUUUUCCGAGCAGCUCGAGCUGCAAAGCUUCCCGUUCGACACGCAGCAAUUGCACGUGAUCUGGACCGUCAACCUCCCGGGCACGUACGUUCGGCUACGGGCCAACGAGCACUUCCCGAGCCUCUUUCUCCGCAACAACUUUCAACUUGGAAAUGUGUUUGACGUCGUCAGCGCCGAGCACGUGAUUGCGCUCGUCGACCAAAGCGAUGCGGUCGAGUCGUCGUCCGGGCACAUUUACGACCACUGCAGUACAUCGAUCGUGUUACAGCGGAAACCCGGCUACUACAUCACCAACAUCUUGCUUCCUAUGGGGCUGCUCACGUACCUCGGUUUUCUCUCGUUUGCAAUCGAAUCGCCCAACACCCGCUUGGCGACCCCGGACCGCCUCUCGAUCUCGCUGACGCUGCUUCUGACGGCGGUCGCCUACAAGUUUGUCGUCGCCGGCGCGAUCCCGCAGAUUCCCUACAUGACGACACUGGACAUGCACACGACAUUGAGCUUUGUGUUUUUGACCACGACAGCAGUCGAGAAUGCGCUCUUUCCGAGUAUUUGCGCUAGCGACGGCUGUUUUGACAUCGAAACCAUCGUCCUGUGCGUCCUUGCGGCGCUCAUCACGGUCGGGUACUUGUACAUUAGCUUUGGCGCGCACUACGACCUGCGCGCGCGCGCCGCCGAGCACAAGGCGCUCAUCGACUACCACCUGUUGCAAAUUCUAAUUGCACAGACGUACCCGACGCAACCCGACGUCGUCCGAGCAAAAUUGCUCGCCGAAGUGUGUGCCGCGACCAAGACACCGGUUACGACGACGGUCGGCGACGGCAAACGCACGGUCCUUAUCAAGAAAAGCGCCGGACUCUGCAACGAGUUCAAAGAGCGCUGCCUCUGUGAGCUUGCCACAUGUGUGACCCGCCUCGGCAAGCUAGAGACUUAG